AUGGAAAUGUUAGAGACCAUUUUCCCCGAAGAAACAUCUUUGUGUUUGCCUCAAGAGGUCCUCGGUGACUUUGUUGUUAAUGACUCCGUUGCUUGUAAACCAGUAAACGGGACAGUGUUUGAGACAGGUGCACCCCUAUUUGAGACCCACCCUGGCCUGGCAAUACCCUAUCUGGUUAUAGUCUCUGUUGCUCUGUUGGUUGGGACAAUCGGAAAUUCUCUGAUCCUCCUGGUGUCUGCAACAACUAGCGGCAUCAACAAGGCCGGCAAAGAGUUCAUUGUGAACCUAGCACUUGCUGACCUCUGCGUUUCUGCGGUCGCCGAUCCCUUCUGCAUUGUAGGUGUGAUGAAGGGAGAGAGAUUUUUUAACGGAUUUCCCUUCAUGUGUGAGUUCGUAGCCAGUAUGUGCCUCACGGCAUGCUUCUGCGCCUUCCUCAAUCUAACAUGCCUGACCAUCAACCGUUACUUCUUCGUUUGCCACAACGAGAUGUACGACUUCCUGUUUGGCAGAAAGACCUGUAUCGCAAUCUGUAUCCUCACUUGGCCAAUAGCCUUCGUCUUUGAAAUGCCGAACAUCUUCGGUUGGGGAGACCACGGGUUCGACACGAAGAACCAUUCUUGCAUCUGGGACCGCACCGCUAGUCUUUCCUACACUCUAUUCGUCUCGAUAGGGCUGAUUGGUGGCCCUUUAAUGCUGAUGGGCUUCUGCUACAUCAUGAUCUUCAGGUACAUCUGGAACAGUAAGAAAAACCUGUACAAGUUUGAGACCAGCGAUCCGAAUGCGAUGAAGAAAGCCUGGGGCGAGACGAUCCGCACCUCUCGUACCUUGUUUGUCGUGUUCUGUGUAUUCUUGACAUGUUGGCUACCUUACGCCAUUGUGAUCGCCCUGGAUGUGAACAACACUUUCCCGAUGUGGCUGCACCUGUACGUAACCCUUCUGGCUCAUCUCCACUCAAGCGCCAACUGUAUCGUGUUCGCCACCUGUAACCAGAAGUUCCGCCAAGCCGUGCUGAAGGCCCUGCGAUGCAAAACAGGUACCAAGUCCAGCUUUACCAGCUCCUCUCUCCCCGUGUCCUCAGUGUCGUCAACUCGCGUCAGUUAA